GACUCCAUUUCCCUGAAUCCGCUGGAGUGCCACGUGAGGUGCGCAGGCGCUUCUCUCUAGGGGUCUGUGGCCGCCUGCCCCGCCUUGUCCCCCCCCCAUUCCGUGGCAUUCUGGGAGUCGUAGUUCCGGCCUGCUUGCGGGCAGUCGCCGUUUCAGCUGCGUGAGCAUUUCCAGCUCGUCUUUUAUUUAUUUUGUUUGAGUCGCUCCCGGGCCGGUAGGUGGUGAGUGGCAGCCUCUUGCUGAGUUUACGAGGGCCCAUUCUGGGGCCCCAGAGCCCCAGCCCUGCCAGAUGGUGACGACUGGAGGGCAAGAAUCCAUCCUGGACGGAACCUUCGUGUGCUGAGACCUUUCUUCAGAACAUCAAUACAGACCCUGAUGAGAAGAAACUGCUGGUGUUUUUAGGAGUCUGUGGGCUAAAAAGGAUCCUGUCUGGGGAGAGAAGACUUCUAGGAAGAGUCACUGCUUCAAGGAGUGACCAUGAAGGGCCUGGACCCAAUACUGGAAGAGAGAGUUCUGGCUUCUCAGGACUCUGGCCAAGAAGUGGGAAUCGAGGGGGCGGAGAGAAUGACUUCUGAGAGCCCAAAAACCAGGUCUCAGAAAUUACUGACGUUCCAAGAUGUGGCCGUGGACUUCACCCGAGAGGAAUGGGGGCUGCUGGAGCCAGCUCAGAAGGACCUGUUCAGGGACGUGAUGCUGGAGAGCUAUGAGAACUUUGUGUCCCUGGGGCUUCCAGAUUCCAAAGAAGAUGUGAUCUCCCAGUUGGAGAAAACAGAGGCACCAGGACCACCCGAAGGAGAAGUCCCAGGAGACACUUACACAGAUUUUCUUCAUGAAUAUAAUGUAUUUGGAAGACUUCCUACUGGAGAGAAACCACUUGAAUUUAUUGAAUGUGGGAAAGCAAACGAUCUAGGCCAAGAUCAAAAAAUAAAUACUGGAGGUACAUCCUGUUGCUGUAAUGAUUGUGGGAAAGUCUUCGGUCAGAAUCAACACCUUAAAAUACAUACAAUAUUUCUUACUGCCAAGAAUUCCUUUGAAUAUGAUGAAUGUGGGGAAGCUUACCUAGCUGAACAUCAAAGAAUUCAUACUGAAGAUAAACCAUAUAAAUGUAAUUUAUGUGUGAAAGUCUUCAGCAGUAAGCAUUACUUAGGGCAACAUGAAAAAAAUCAUACUGGAGAUUUACUCUAUAGAUGUAAUGAAUUUGGAAAAGCGUUUAGGAAGAAGGGAAACAUAUAUGAACAGAAGAGAGAUCAGUGUGGUGAGAAACCCUACUUAAUUAAUAAAUAUGGGAAAGCCUUUACACCGAAGAGAAGCCUAAAAAUCCGUGACAUAAUUCAUACUGGAAAGAAGUUCUUUGAAUGUAAUGAAUGUGGAAAGGGCUUCAAACAUCGAUCAGUCCUUUUAAGACAUCAGACAAGUCAUACUGGAGAGAAACCUUACAUAUGUAAUGAGUGUGGGAAAGCCUUCAGCCAAAAGGGAAACCUUAAAAUGCAUAAGAUAAUUCAUUCUAGAAAUAAGCCCUUUGAAUGUAUGCAAUGUGGCAAAGGCUUCAGGAAUAGCUUUUCCCUUUUACAACAUGAGAGAGUUCAUACAGGAGAGAAACCUUUUGACUGUCAUGAAUGUGGGAAAGCUUUUAGCCAAAAGGCAAACCUUAAUUCACAUAAGAGAAUUCAUACUGGAGAAAAGCCCUAUGCAUGUAAUGAAUGUGGAAAAGCCUUCAGCCAAAAAGCCAGCCUUAAUUCACAUAAGAGAAUUCAUACUGGAGUGAAACCAUAUUCAUGUAAUGAAUGUGGAAAGACCUUUAGUCAAAAGGGAAAUCUUAAAAUGCACAUGAUAACCCAUACUCAGAAGAAGCCCUUUGAAUGUAUGGAAUGUGGGAAUACCUUUAGAAAUACCUUUCACCUUUUACAACACGAGAGAAUUCAUAAUGGACAGAAACCCUUUGAAUGCAAUGAAUGCGGGAAAGGCUUCAGACACAUUUCAGUUCUUUUGAGACAUUAUAGAAGUCACACUGGAGAAAAACCCUAUGAGUGUAAUGAAUGUGGGAAAGCCUUCAGCCAAAAGGGAAAUCUUAAAAUGCAUAAGAUAACUCACACUAGAAAGAAGCCCUUUGAAUGUAUGGAAUGUGGGAAAGGCUUCAGGAAUAGCUUUUCCCUUUCACAACAUGAGAGAAUUCAUACAGGAGAGAAACCUUAUGUAUGUAAUGAAUGUGGGAAGGCCUUCAGCCAAAAAACAAACCUUAAUUCACAUAAAAGGAUUCAUACUGGAGAAAAAGCAUAUUCAUGUGAUGAAUGCGGAAAAGCUUUUGGGAAUAGCUUUUAUCUUUUACAACAUGAGAGAAUUCAUACUGGAGAGAAGCCCUUUGAAUGUAUUGAAUGUGGGAAAGGUUUCAGGUACAUCUCAAUCCUUUUGAGGCAUCAGAGAACUCAUACUGGAGAGAAACCUUAUGAAUGUAAUGAAUGUGGAAAAGCCUUCAGCCAAAAGGGAAACCUUAAAAUGCAUAAGAUAAUUCAUUCCAAAAAGAAGCCCUUUGAAUGUACGGAAUGUGGCAAAGGCUUCAGGAAUAGCUUUUCCCUUUUACAACAUGAGAGAAUUCAUACUGGAGAGAAACCUUAUGAAUGCAAUGAAUGUGGAAAAACCUUCAGACAAAAGACAAACCUUAAUUCACAUAAGAGAAUUCAUACUGGAGAGAAACCAUAUGUAUGUAAUGAAUGUGGGAAAGCAUUCAGCCAAAAGGCCAGCCUUAAUUCCCAUAAGAGAAUUCAUACUGGAGUGAAACCAUAUUCAUGUAAUGAAUGUGGGAAGGCCUUCAGCCAAAAGGCAAGCCUUAAUUCACAUAAGAGAAUGCAUGCUGGAGUGAAACCAUAUUCAUGUAGCGUAUGUGGGAAAGGCUUCAGUAAUAACUUUUACCUUUUACAACAUGAGAGAAUUCAUAGUGGAGAGAAACCUUUUGAAUGUAAUGAAUGUGGGAAAGGCUUCAGACAUAUCUCAGUCCUUUUGAGACAUCAGAGAAGCCAUACUGGAGAGAAACCCUAUGAAUGUAAUGAGUGUGGGAAAGCCUUCAGCCAAAAGGGAAACCUUAAAAUGCAUAAGAUAAUUCAUUCUAGAAAGAAGCCAUUUGAAUGUAUGGAAUGUGGGAAAGGCUUCAGGAAUAGCUUUUCCCUUUUACAACAUGAGAGAAUUCAUACUGGAGAAAAACCAUUUGAAUGUAAUGAGUGUGGGAAAGCUUUCAGCCAAAAGACAAACCUUAAUUCUCAUAAGAGAGUUCAUACUGGAGAAAAACCCUAUAAAUGUAACCAUUGUGGGAAAGCCUUCAGCCAAAAGGGAAGCCUUAAUAAGCAUCACAAAACUUGUAGGGGAGAGAAACACUUUGAAUAAAAUGAAAGGGCAUUAGCCCAUAGCCAGAACUUAUGGUAUAAUUCAGAAUACAAAUAGACCCUUUGAAUAUAGUGAAUUUGAAAAACUUCACAUAGUUCAUUGGAAGCAUGGGAUUCGUAACAAGGCAUAUACUCUAUGAUUCAAAUAAAUGGAAAACUUGCAGCUGGAAGGGAAAGCAAUAUACACUAGAAAACUCAUAUUUGAGAAAUAUUUUUCAUGUAAUGAGUUGGAAUUUUUAAGGAACUUGAGACUUAAUGCUGGACAGAACAUGUGAAUGUACAGAAUAUUGAAAAGAUUUCAUGAGAAUAAAAGCAUUACACAUCAGAAAAUUCAUACUGAAGGCAAGGACCUAGUGUAACAAUUGUAAGCAAACUUUUGAAAAGUAGAAAGUGGAUCAUAAGAGACUUCAUACUAAAGAGAGAAACCUUUGGAUAUAAUGAAAGCCUUCAGGCCAAGUCAAACCUUUGUUAUACAUCAUUCAAGCAUUAGGAUGGAUAACUUUUGAAAAAACAUUUGAGCAAACCUUCAUCUAGAGGAAACAAUUUGCAGAACAUCAGCUAAUUCAUACUGGUGAGAAUCUCCAUAUAUGUAAUGAAUAGAUCAUGUCUCAUCCCAGAUAUCAUGCUGGAAUUUAACUCUGCAAGUAUAUAAUGGAAGGGAAAAGCUUUGGAAAUUUCUAGUCAUAGAAUUUCAGAGUUGAAAAGGGCUUUAGAAACCACCGAGUUCAACUUCAUUUGAAAUAAAAUUGCCCCUAUGUCAUUUCAAAUUACCACCUGGAAUUUUUAAAAAGAUUUUUAAAGAGGGAGAACUUGCUGCCUCCGAAGGCAGUUGGUUCCCUUUUUUGGAUAGGGAUAAUUAUUAAACCUUUUUUCUUUUGGAAAACAAAACCUAAAAAACACUUUUUUUGAGGGGGGCAACUUUUCCCUAUUCCUCCUAGUUUCACCUGCAGCCAAUGAAAACAAGCAUAAUCUCCAAUGACAACAAAACAGAUAUUUGAAGAUAGUUAAGCUGUACCACCACCACCACUGAAAUUUGUCUUCAAAUAAAACAUCCUUAGUUCUUUCCAUUCAUCCUUAUGAAGUAAAGGUCAUUCAUCUUCCUGGUUGCCUUUUGCUGCACAUUCCUUAGAUGAUUCUAAAAUGUGGUUCCAAAAUGUGCUAAAAAAAUAAAUAUUUACUAUAAUGCAAAUAAUAUGCUAAGUGCUAGAGAUAGAAAUGCAAAAGCAAGAUAGCCCUUGCCUUUAAGGAACUUAUAUUCUAAUUGCAUAUCAAAAUCAUAUAGCUUAGGUGCAUGUUUACCCAGGAAAGUUAUGAUGUGAGAAAUCACAGGGAUGGUGAAUGGAGCUGUAGAAAAAUUGGUCAACAUGCUCUUUUUAGUAGCAAUAACAACAUUAAUUUAAUUUUCAGUAUGAUUUCUGAGCUGGAAAUCCAGACAGCAGGAAAGAAGGGGAUGAGGGUAUGUGCUGCAGGUGGCAAGAUUACUGUUGUAAAUUAUGAAAUGUGACUAGGGUCAGCUAAGCUUCAGGGUGGGAAAUCCAGAGAUGAAAGAUGUGUUUCAGUUCUGAUGACUAGUCUUGAUCAGGAGUACUUAGCUUUUUUUGGUUAUGUGGACUCCAUUGGCAAUUCGAUGAAGCCUAUGGACCCCUUCUCCAAAUAAUGUUUUUAAAUGCAUGAUAUAAAAUACUUAGGAUUAUGAAGAAAACCCAUUAUAUUGAAAUAUAGUUAUCAAAAUUUGUUUUCCAUCCAUGUUCUCAGACCUCCUGCACCUUAUUCAUUUAGAUGUAUAACUUAUACUAGAUAACCUAUUCAAUAGGUUAAGAAUCUGUGCCCUAGAUUUGCUAUGGGCAGAGUUAACAAUAUGGUAAUAUCUCCUUCAUUCUGAUGAUUAUACUUCUCCUUGUGUUGUCUAAGAUGAAAUUAGCAUUUUUGGAUAUUCUUUCAUGAUGCUUGUCUCCUACUGAGCUUAUAUUCCACUAAAUUCUCCAGAUAUGUUUCAGGUCAACUGUUUCUCUGUUGUUCUCAGGUGUAAGAUUUUAUUUACAUGUUCCUAUAAAAUUUCAUUAUACUUAAUUUGGACUAAUCUUUUUUGAAAUCCUGAUUAGGUGAUCCACAGUGUGUGUUAUUCUUCCUGAUUUUUGUCAUGUGUUUUGAUAAUCAUGUCUUCUUAAGCCAUUAACAAAACAUGUAGCCCAGGAUUCAGCAUAGAUCACUGGGUCACUUUAUUGGAUAUCUCUUAAAUUGACAAAAAAUUAUCAACUGAAAUUGUAAUUUACCCAGUUCUGAAGAGGUUCUGUGAAAUUUCAUCCCCAGCUACAGUAAUGUUCCUUGAGAGAGAAAAAUGUUUCUUCUUUCAUUUGUCUUUUGGGUAAUAUAUAGCUGCUAUCCAGUGAUGUUGUUGUAGGUUCUAGGGCCUGGGAGAUGAGGAGGGACAAUAUGACAGACAAUUCUAUUUCCAAAUUAUAAAUGGUAAAAGUUUGGGAGGUAUACAUACAGAAGAGUUUGUGUUGUCCAAGUGAAGAAGGAUCAUUAAUGUGAGGACUGGGAGAGGUUUUAAGAAAGAGAUGGCCAUAAAGUAUAGGCAGAAUUUCAAAAGACAGAACAGUUUGAAUAGAGACAUUGAUUGGGGCAAUGGCUCCUUUGGAGCUUUAAUGAGCAUAGGGAGUAGUCAGAGUAGAGUGUGGGUUUAAGGGGUAGCUGUGGUGUGCUGUAGGGGGCCACAUUUGAUAGUUUUUCAGACCCAGUUGGUGAGUGAUUCUGUCUUGUCAGGAUUAAUGCUCACUUCUUAUUACAAUACGGUGUGACCCACCUAUUUGGCAGAAGUUUUGGACUUAGUCCACAAAUUUAAGCUAGUGGCUUUUAGGCAGUGUUUUGGAACCCUUUAACUGCAUGGUCUUCUAGUUAGAAAUCACCCAGGUGGACAAGUAUCUCCCAUUAGUACAUGACACCAAUCACUUUCAGUAUAAGCUGCUGAAAAGUAGUAGAGUCUUCUGGGCAGCCUUUUCUUGUUUGUUAGCCUGUGCCUUAUUUUGACUGCUAUGACCCACCUCACAAUUCUGAGGCACUAGUGAAGUAUUUACCUUUAGCAGUAAGACUAAUGGAUGGUUCAAGUCAGCAUUAUUAUGGUUGUUGUCGUGGUGAUUAUUAUUAUUAUUAUUAAUAGGCUCAUUUAUUUUCUUGUCACUUUCUGAUUCUCUACUUAAAUUGCAAAGUGCAACCCCUCUUUGGGGAGAUUUUUCCCAAGUAGAAGAAUCUUUUGCAUUAGAUGUUAUUUUAAUGCUCUUUACUUACAUGUUAAGAAUUGAUCAUAUUCAUUUUGGAAGACUUAAGAACUCGAUAAUCAAUGCAAUGAGCCACCACAACUCCAGAGGACUGAUAAAGGAGUGUGCUACCCACAUCCUGAAAGGAGGGAUGGACUCAAGAUGCAUAAUGAGACAUAUAUACAUUUUUGGAGAUGGUUAAUGUAUGGAUAUGGAUUUGCUUGACUGCUUAUUUGUUACAAGGAUUGUGCUUUUUGUAUUGCGAGAGAGGGAGCUUGCAAAGAAAAGAAAGAUGAGACUCAAUUGCAGUAUUUUUUUUUAAUUCUCAGAAGGACUUCAAAAGGAAAAAAGAAAGAGAAUAGCUUUCAGAGUAACAUGGUGAAUUGAGUAUAUUCUUAAAAAAAAUAAGUUCUGUAUGAUAGCCAUUCUCAUCUUUGCAUAUCCUGUUUUUCUGUUCUAUUUUGCAUAUGGAAAUAUUCAAUUUCUCUUUGGAAUCCAUUAUAUUUCUAAUAUAAAAAGAAUAUAAGCUACUGGAGGGCCAGAGUAUUUCAUUAUGGCUGUAUCCCUAUCCCCACACAGAACAAGUGCUUAUUAAAUAAUUUUUUUAUUUUUAAGAAAGAUCAUAGUUUUCUUUGAAACAUAGUCACUUGCAGCUUCAUAUAUUUGCAUGGUAAAAGCCCAGUAGGUAUUUUCCCGCCAUAUAACUUCUGUAAAAGGCUAUGUAUCCAUACUCUAAAGGUAAGAGUAGCACUGCCGAGGUCAUUCUUGAGCUUUAUUUGGAUCCAGAAUGAGGAGUUUGCUCAUCCUGAGGUAACUGCCACCUUCCAGUGUCACCUCCUGUAAUCUUUAGAUUAAUUAUGAAUGUCAGAACAUCAGAGAUUUCCUUCUCUUUCCCCCAGUGAGCACCUCUUUUUGCAUCUACUAGAGGUGCUUAAUAUAUACUAAAGGCAAGUUACUGUAGAGACUACUCAACUUGAGAAAGGACUGUCCUUCAAUGCAAACAUUUGAACUCUGGCCAGUGGGUCCUCUUGAACAGUUAAGAUCAGACAAAGAGCCAGCAAAAUUUACCUGGUACAAAAUGCUAUUUUGCAAUCUCCCAGCUAGAUGAUAUUUUGCAAUCUCCCAGCUAUAUAAGAAUACUGAUGUUUCUGUCAGCGUGGAGAAGGCUGGCCAAGGAACACUCUACUGGACCCAACAAUGAACAGUUACUAUAUCUUCAAUUGAAGUUUAUAUAUCUUUAGAUACUUUUGUCAUAGAAGUCCUGAGUGAGAUUUGGUAGAUUCCCAGAUAGUGUAUAUAUUUUGUAAUUAUUUUGAAUGGAAGUCCACUCUUUAUUCUGCUAGAUUUUGUUAAUGUACAGAGAAACUGAUGAUUUUUCUGAUUUUGUCCUGUUUUUUCACUGAAGUUAUUGUUUUAAUUUUAUAUUAAAUUUCUAGGCCUCUUUAAAUAAUAUAAUCUACAAAUAGUCAUAUUUUGUUCCUUCUUUCUCUGUUUUCCAAGUUCUUUUUGUCUUCUUGCUAUAUAACUAGCUUUUCCAGAACUAUAUAAAAAAUAGUGCUAACAACUUGUCUCUGAUCAUAAAAUCCCCUGGUGUUUCUCUGUCAUAGAUGAUGUUUGCUCUAAGUUUUAUACAGGACUGAGGAAAGACGUAAUUGUUGUUAGGCUUUUUCAGUGUCCUAAUGUGACAAUGUUGUAUUUUUGUCAAAAGCUUUUUCUGUGUUGAUAUAAUCUUAAUUUUUUUGUCAUAAAUAUAUGGUGAAUGCAGUGAUUAAUCAUGACUUCAGAAAAUAUAGAUGAUUAAAUUAGCUGUGUUAGGAAACUGCUGGAAACUGUCCUAAACAUGGGUAAAAACAGCGGUAUGAAUGCUGAUUUUACACAGGGAGUGGUUAUUAAAUGGAUUUAUUUUAUAAGGAUACAAUUGUCAAGCACAGGUCAAAGAUGUGUUCUGAUCUGAUUCUGGUGAAUUCUGGUCUCCCUUUUCCUCCCUUAUUCUCAAUGGAAACAGAUUAUGUUUAGUGGCAAAGAAUAUCCCAUGCUGGGUGCCUUUAUGUAUUCAAAGGGCAUGAUGCCUCUACUCAGGAUGGAGUCAGAGAAACUUUUGUGUUUUAGCUUCCAUGGUGGCAGAGGACAGUCCAGAAGCUUUCCUAUUCCCAUUUAACUCGAAUUUUGAGUUCUACCACAACCUAUUGAAACUCCAUCUGUGCCACAGAACCUUGAUGGACCCAGGUUAUAUGGCCAGACUGACCGCUGCCUAGCACACAUUAUUCUCUCUUCUCACCUCUUGCCAAAAAGCUAAUGGGGUAGAAAGAUUGAAUGAGACGGGUUUUCAGACAUGGCCAAUUAGUUGGUUUGCUUUCUUUGGCUAUAUUUGUUUGUUUCAUGGAAAAGAUAUUUACAGUAACUUAGCAGGUAGUGACAGAUGCAAAAUUAAAUGAAAGAAAAGAAUAUCAAUAAAAAAUUUUAAAAUAGAAAAAGAAAACAAGUUAAAAAAGAAUACAAAUGACAAUUUUAUAAUUACCUGGUUAUAUUUAAUAUACUUAAAAAAAAUAAAACCAGAACUUCAUAUUUAAUCUUCUUUUUCCAUUUUUGUGUAUUGAAUAUUUGGUGUUUAUAUAUAUAUUCAUCACACAUACAUAUAUUUACACACAUACACACACAUACAUAUAUAUGUAUAUAUAAAUAUAUGUAUAUGUAAUCUUUCCCCUGAGUUUUGGUCCCACAUAGCAAUUGCCUACUGGAAAUUUUUUCUUUUUCAUUCUUGGCAACACUUCUUAUUGCUUUUCUAAUUGAAAAGGAAAAAAAAAACUUAAAGCCUUUUGUGACAAGCUCUCUAGCUGGCCAUUUCUAAAAAUGUGUGUCAAAUUGUGCAACAUGAAUCCAUCACCUCUCCUAAAGAGGUGGGUAUGGCGCUUUUUUCAUUGUUGCUCUGGAUUGUGGUUUGUCAAUGCAUUGUCCAGAGUUUUUCAAUCUUUGAAAACUGUCUUUACAAUGUGUGGUUGUGUAAAUUGUUCUGGUUCUGUUCAUUCUUACCAAUUCAUACUUCCCAGAUUUCUCUAAAACCAUCCCUUUAAUCAUUUCUUAUAGUGCAAUAAUCCAUUACAUUCAUAUGUUGUAAUUCGUUCACUUGUUCCUCAAAUAAUGGGCACCCCUUUAAUUUCCAAUUCUUUGCCACUAUAGAAAGAACUACUAUAAAUUUUUUUGUACAUAUGGGACUUUUCCCUUUUUCUUUGAUCUCCUUAGGUUCUUAGGUGGCUUAGUAAUGGCAGCAAUGAGUCAAAGGGCAUACACAUGAUUUUGUUUUGGUUUUCUGUUUGCUCUUGUUUUUGUUCAGUUGUGGGGGGAAGGGAUCCAGGGAUAUGGUCUUUUCUUACCCCCAAGGAAAAGAGGAUCAUUGAAACAUGUUUAAAAUGCACAGAGGACAGCAAGAGGAAGGCCAGAAGAAUCACAAGCAAAACUCUGAAAGAAACAUAUUGAGUUUAUUAUGUAUUUAAAAUGAAAAGAAAUCUGUAUGUAGUAAGAUUCGACUUUUAUAUAUAGCCUUCUCUGCUCUGUGUACACUGAAGACUGAGCUUUAUAUAUAUAUAUAUAUAUAUAUAUAUAUAUAUAUAUAUAUAUAUAUAUAUAUCCCUCUCUGUUCUGUGUUCACUGAGGUGCUCAUUUUAGUUGGUUUUAGUUCAUUAAAUUAAGAAUAAAAAUAAAGUCAGGAAAGAAAUGGUGUGUGGAGUUUAGCAACUUUGGGGAAUAGUUUUGUUGCUUUCCAUGACUGUACAAAUUUGGAACUCCACUAACAAAGAAGGACUAUGCCUGUUUUCCUGUAGUUACUCCAACAACUGUCAUUUUAUUUUAUUUUUUUUAAUCAUCUUUGCCAGUCUGAUGGGUAUAAGAUAUAUACACAGUGUUGUUUUAAAUUGCAUUUCUCUUUUAAUAAUUUGAAACAUUUUUUCAUAUGACUUUUGAUAGUUUAAAUUUCUUUCUUUGAAAAUUGCCUGUUCAUAUACUUUGAGCAUUUAUCUAUUAGGAUAUGACUCUUGUUCUUAUUAAAUUUGAAGUGGUUCCUUAUAUAUCUUGAAUAUAUGAUUUUUAUUAGAGAAACUUCAUAUAUUUUCUCCGUUGCUUUCCUUUUAAUUGUAAAACUUUCUGUUUUAUCUUAUUUGAUCUUUUCUAUUGCUAAUUUAAUCAUGACUUCAUCCCCUACCCAUACCUCUGAAAAAUAUUUUCUUCAUUGAUUCUUUAAUUUGUUUAUGGUGUGACCUAUAUCCAAGUCAUAUAUCCACUUACAUUUUAAAGAUGUUGGUCUAUGCCUAGUUUUUACCAUAUUAUUUUCUUUUUUUCUCCAAUAGUUUUUGUCCAACAGUGAACCUUUCCUCCUGGAGCUGGAGUCUUUAGGAUUAUCAAACAUUGUUUUUGUAUUUUAUAUAUGGAAUCUUUUCCAUUGAUUGACAAAAUUUUUAAAUCAAAUCAUGAUUUUGAAGGAGUAAGCAUAGAAAAAGGGAAAGCAAUUGCCAUCUUUUGCAGAUGAUAUGAUGGUCUAUCUAGAGAACUCAAAAGAGUCAAUGAAAAAUGUAUAACUCAAGUGAAGUGUUAGAAUUUGAAGUACAUCCACAUAAAUCAACAUGUCCAUGUAUUGCCAAUAAAAUCCAUUAGACAUGGAUAAAAAAAUUCCAUUCAAAAUAAAAUGAAUAAAUAUUUGGGAGUCCAUCUACCAAGACAUGUGGGAAUAACCUGAAUACAGCUACAAAACAUUUGACAGAAAUAGACCCAAGUAUUGGAGAAAUUUUAAUUCCUCAUGGGUAGAAUGUGCCAAUCAUAAAGAUGAAACUGUCCAAAUAACUGCUUAUUCAGUGCCCUACCAAUCAAAACUACCAAAGGAUUCAGAGCUAGAAAAAAUGACAAAAGUCAUCUGGAGGAACAAAAAAGUCAAGACUGAAGAGAAAUAAUCAGAAAAAAGGUGGAAAGGAAGUGAUCUAGUAGUACUAGACUUCAAACUAUAUUAAAAAAGCAGGAGUCAUCCAAAUUAUUUGGCACAGAUACUAAAUUUCCAAAUGGAUGUCCUGGAGGCAUUUAAGACUCAAAAUAUUCAGGAACAAACAUCUUUUCCUCCAGACUUUUCCCUCUUUCCUGUAUCUGUCUAGGAUACCACCAUCAUUCUAGGCUACCAGGUUCAUAACCUGGAAUUAUCCUUGACUCUUCACUAUCCUUUUUGUCACCUGUGUAUUUUUUAGCCUUCAGAGCAUCUCACUCUUAUCCAACCUUUUCUCUGUUCAUUCAACAGCCACCUUCAUUUAGGCCCUCAUUACCUUUCCUGGAUUAUUACAACAACCUCCUAACUAAUCUCCCUCCCUCAUGUUGUUCUCCAUUCUGGUCCAUCUUCCACAUUGUUGCAAAAGUCAUUCUCCUUAAGAUGAGAUCUGACCAUAUUACUCUUUUCAGUCAACUGCAGUAGCUUCCUGUUGUCUCUAGGAUAAAAUAUAAACUUCUGUUUAGCUUUUAAAGUACUACAAAAUCUUUCACCUCAUUCCCCAAUAUUUCAAUCCCCAUUGGUAUUUCUCUCCCUCACACUUUGCAGUCCUGUCAAACUGGCCUCUUCUCCCACAUGACACGCCAUCUCAUAUCCCUGGCUUUUGCUCUGGUUGGCCCACAUGCCUGGAAUACAUUCCCUCCUCCCUGCUGCCUGGAGUCCUCUUCCUUUAAGAUGCCACUUGAGCACCAUCUUCUGCAUGAAGCUUUUCCUGAUCCCCCAAACUGCUAGUGCCCUCCCUCCACUACUUUGUAUUUAACUACUCUGUAUAUAUUUGUAUUUAUUCAGUUUGUAUUUAUGUUGUAUACAUUUAUAUAUGUACUUGUCUCCACCAUUAAUAUGUAAGCUCCUAGUGAGUAGGGAUUGUUUCAUUCUUUGUAUUUGUAUACCCAGUGCCUGGCACAUAGUAGGUGUUUAAUAAAUACUUGUAGAUUGAAA